GUGGUCUGGGCAGGCCCGGUGCUCUUCCUCCUCCCGCGCCCAGGCCUGGCGGGCCGAGCUCCUCCCCCGGCUCGGCCUCUCUCCCCACCCCUGCCCUCCUUCUGCCCAGCAGUUCCUCCUUCCCUCCUCCCCCUCUUCCUCGGUGAGGUGCUCCUCCAUCAGCCAGCCAGCAUGGCGGCCGUGGAGACGCGUGUGUGCGAGACGGACGGUUGCAGCAGUGAGGCCAAGCUCCAGUGUCCCACCUGCAUCAAGCUGGGGAUACAGGGCUCGUACUUCUGCUCGCAGGAAUGUUUUAAAGGAAGCUGGGCUACUCACAAGUUACUACAUAAGAAAGCAAAAGAUGAAAAGGCCAAGCGAGAAUCUGUGUCUCCCUGGACUGUGGAAGGUGAUAUCAACACUGACCCGUGGGCAGGUUAUCGAUAUACUGGUAAACUCAGACCACAUUAUCCACUGAUGCCAACAAGGCCAGUGCCAAGUUAUAUUCAAAGACCAGACUAUGCUGAUCACCCUUUAGGAAUGUCUGAAUCUGAGCAGGCUCUUAAGGGUACUUCUCAAAUUAAGUUACUCUCAUCUGAAGAUAUAGAAGGGAUGCGACUCGUAUGUAGGCUUGCCAGAGAAGUACUGGACAUUGCUGCUGAUAUGAUUAAACCAGGUGUAACUACUGAAGAAAUAGAUCAUGCUGUACACUUAGCAUGCAUUGCAAGAAAUUGCUAUCCUUCUCCCCUGAAUUAUUAUAAUUUCCCAAAGUCUUGUUGUACUUCAGUGAAUGAAGUGAUCUGCCAUGGAAUUCCAGACAGACGGCCCUUGCAAGAAGGUGAUAUUGUUAAUGUGGACAUCACUCUUUAUCGCAAUGGUUAUCAUGGGGACCUGAAUGAGACGUUUUUUGUUGGAGACGUGGAUGAGGGAGCUCGGAAACUGGUUCAGACCACGUAUGAGUGCCUGAUGCAAGCCAUUGAUGCAGUGAAACCUGGUGUUCGAUACAGAGAAUUGGGAAACAUUAUUCAGAAGCAUGCCCAAGCAAAUGGAUUUUCAGUUGUUCGAAGCUAUUGUGGGCAUGGAAUCCACAAGCUUUUUCAUACGGCCCCCAAUGUACCCCACUAUGCCAAAAAUAAAGCAGUUGGAGUGAUGAAGGCCGGCCACGUAUUUACAAUUGAGCCAAUGAUUUGUGAAGGCGGAUGGCAGGAUGAAACCUGGCCGGAUGGCUGGACAGCAGUGACGAGAGAUGGGAAACGGUCUGCCCAGUUCGAGCACACCCUGCUGGUCACGGACACUGGCUGCGAAAUCCUAACCCGGCGACUCGAUAGCGCACGGCCUCACUUCAUGUCCCAAUUUUAAUUUCUCCCGAGAUGGCACAUCUCAGUGAUACCUUCUGGCUGUACUCGGCGUUUUAUUGAGAGUACAGGAUGGAAGAGGACAUUUUUUAUAACUUGUUUUGUUUCGACUAUAGAUAAGGAAGGACUACAGCAUUUGAUGUGUGUCCUCAAGAACUUGUCUUAGGUCUGAAAAAGCCAAGAAGAAUAAAGGAAGCUUUCUCAACUCCUUUCAAUGCUCCCCUCUCCCCACACAAAAAAAUCUCUGCGCCCCUGUUUUCUCAUUUGCCCUUUGAGCACUUUUACUUAAACCUGCUUCUAGUUGCUUUUAUCACUGCCACAACCGGGCCUUCAGAGCCACCUGCUUUCCAGGUGAAUGUUGGAGGUGAGAAUCCCUGAAACUUUAGCAACAUAUUUUGCUCCCGAUUUUUUUUUUAAUUAUAUAUGUAUGGAAAUAUAUACGUAUACAUUUUAAAUUCCAUAUAUGUAAUUACCAAACACUAUGUGACCUGGGGUUUGUGUUGAUUCUGACAGGGUUCUAUGCUGUCGUAAAUGGACCCGUCAUUUGCAGUGAUUUAAUUCCCAGCUGGGAAUUAGCCUCCCUCCUCCCCUGCUAAUUUACCCUCGUAAUUGUGUGUAAGGAAGCACUCGGUCAGUGAGACUUUCCAGUGUGGACUCUGUGUGCGUGAAUGGCUAUGGCAAAAUUCACUUUGGAAAAAGAUGAUCAGGUUUUAAAAAAUCUAGUUUAUGGCAAAAAUAGCCACGCUCCAAGCGGAAGCUGGCUGUUGCAGAGAAUGGGAUUUUUGUAAUACGUUGCUAUUUCAGACCUCUGUUUGUUUAUAAUGGUAGGAAAAACGCUCCCUUCUCUCUUAUUUCAAAGGCAUACCUUGGAGAUAUUCAGAGAAGGGUGGAGGCUGCACUGUGGGGGUUGAUGGGGAAAGACAGUUCUGAAAUCUCUCCAGCAGUGAGCAGAGUCUGGAAAUGCUAAUGUUUAAUAAACCUGGUGGGGAUGAGAAAGGAACUUCUUUGAAAUUGGACUGUUGCCUUGCAGGGAUGCAGCUGUCCUUGGUGUGCUACCACAAUUCUCCUUUACAUAGUUGGGAACCUCAUUAGAAAUGACCUCAGCUGCCCAACAUCUGUGUUCCUUUCAGUAGUUCAGUCCAAAUGGGAGUGCAUCCAGUGAAGACAUAUCAGAUCAAGGUCAUUGUCAUUAGAGAGUACUUGAUUACUAGGUAUCUGGUAAGUUUAUUCUAAGAUAAUUCGAUACCACUGACAUGUUACAUUUGUAUGAGAACAUCUUUCCCAGAGUGCCUCAGACCUUUAUUGCUUUAAAGGAAUUAUAAUGUUUUCAUUACUUUUAUUAUUUUAAUGAUUUAGUAAAGUGGCUGAAUCUGGUAUGUGUGUGAAGUUUUUUAUCAAACUGUAAUAUUUGUGAAUGGAAUGCCUUGCAAUAUGAAUGUUAAUAUAAUGUGUAAAGGGAGAUUAAAAAGUUUGAAUGACUAUCCCACCAUGUAGUUGUUAACUUUGCUGUAUUUGUUGGGGAUUUCAGAAGGAAGUGGUGGGAAUGGGGAGGCUAAUUUCAUAAUCUAAAAUAAAAUUUGAGUAAAAAUACUUUUUUAAGUUGAAUGUCUAUAUACAAAUUCCAGUACUGUGUUUAGUUCAGCAGUCUACCAGCAGUAUUUGAAAUGCAACCAUAUUUCUGAGAUAGUUUAAGGUGGCGAUUGCUGCAUAUGUAAGGCAGCAUCUUAUGUACUGAUAGUGGAAUUAACAGUGUGGGCUUACUCAGUGUCUACUAUUAGAAAAUAAGCUCAAAGAAAAAAGUCUUGGUGGGUAGUUUUUUUUUGUUGCUGUUAAAAGAUAAACACCACACUGGUGAUGGUGCUUUUCUCGGUUUGGGAGAUUUUAAAACAAUAUGUCCUCUAGUCUAAUUGUAUAUGUCUGAUUACAAAUGUUUGUUUAGUAGGUUUAGAUGAGAAAACAUCUAGGGUAGUUUCAUCAUUCUGCCAACUUCUCAAAAAUGUCAGUGUGUUAACUUUUUAUUUUUUGUAUUAACUUUAAAAUAAUCCUUUUUUUCCCCUGACAGUCCUUCAUCCCCCUUGGAAUUAUAAUUUAGAAGGGAAAGGUGUUUGCCUUUUAUUUUCAUUUUAUGUCUUUUGCUGGUAAAAUGUGUAAAGGUACAUUAGAACCCGUUCACCAACACCUUUAUAUUACUUGCCAUCCACAUGUCUAAAUUAACAGGAAGAGGGUGUUUAGGAAUUUGCCAUCUUAGCUUGAUUCCUCAGUUUGUCCUGUCACCACUUCUGGCUCUUCAUUGAGUUUGGUUAAAUUUGAGAGUGGGAUGCUCCAGUUUGCUAAAGCCCCCAAAUGCACCCUCCUGGUAUCUGUAAGCUAUUUCUGUCCUACCCCCUCCCCCGUUUUUUCGUUUUUUUACUUCCAAGUUUUAAUUUUGAAAAUUUCAAAUUUACAGAAAAGUUGAUGGUACAGUGAAAUAACCACAUAUCCUUUCCCUGUAUUCAGCAAUUGUUAUUGCGUCACAUCUCUCUAUAUAAAAAGCAUUUUUCUUUUGAGAGAAAUGGCAUUGUCGUACUUCACCUGCUACUGUUGCAGUGUGUCUCUCUUAAAACAUAAGAACAUUUCCUACACAAUCAUAAUACUCCUGUCACACCCAAGGAAUUGAUUAUUCAUAGUUAUCUAAUGUAUAGUACACAUUCAAACCUGAGGCUCAGUUUCCCCCCAAGUGUACUUUAAAGCGUUUGUCUUGUUUAAAAUGCAGAAUCCAAACCCAUGGCAUUUGGUUGUCAUCUGUAGGUUUUUUUAAACUCUAGAACAAUCCUUCCACCUUUUUUUAUCUUUUAUGAAACUGACUUGAAAAAGCAGGCCAGUUAGCUUGUAGAAUUCUGUACUUCCCUGAUUGUUCCUCAUGAGUAGGUUCAGGAUAAAUGUUUUGGCAGAAGACUCCAUAGAUGGCAUGUGGUGUGUCCCAUUCAUCGCAUCACAUCACAUCACAUCACAUCACAUCACAAGGCACAUACUGUCAUUGUCACAUUAUUGCCAAUAUAUGUUUGCUCACUAGGUUUCUUUUAGAUUUUCUAUUUUAAGAUCCCUUUCUUAAGCAAAUAAUUUGGGAGGAGAUACUUGGAGACCAUUUGGAUAUCCUGUUCACUUAAUGAUUUUAGCAUUCAUUAAUAAUCCUUGCCGGAAUCCAUUAUUUUGUUACAUUGGUGGCUGCAAAUAGGGACUUUCUAAAUCUAGCAUUCUGUCUGCAUUUAUUGGCUGGCAUUCUUUUACUAAAGAAGCACUUUUUUGAGUAUCAGUGUGGGCUCGUUGUUUUUAAAAAUUCAAUUAGUUACUCUAAAUGGUCUGUAUUUGGCCAGUGGAAGCACCUUUAAGCUUAUUUAUGGGUCAUUUUGAUCUGUGUCUGUUAGUCUUUGAGCACAUUCUUGCUUUUUGCCGUAUCAAGAUGUUCUAGAUUUAUCAUACACUUUUCCUGCCCCAGCCUGGGAAUUGGCUUCUUCUCCAAGGAGCCCUAGUUUCUUUUCAUGGGGAAUGGUAUUUGGAAAUCAAGAUCUGGGUGCUGCUGGGGUGUCAUUGCUCCUAGGGCCGUUCAGGGAACAGAGCCAGCAAAUGCAUUUUUUAUAAAUCAUGAAUUCAUUCUGAUACUCUGAUUUCAAAUUUAACACUAAUCUUCCUCACCCUUCCCUGUUCCAUAUUUGUAUCUUCCUUCUCCCAUGGUGAGAACUUUGGUUCUGAACAACAUUAAUAUUAACUUAUUUGCUUGAUUCUACAUGACAUGUAAAAUUAUUUUAGAAUUACUAUACCAAAAUCACUACCAAAAUUUAAGUGUAAAAGUUGUGAUUGUUCUUAUUCUUGGAACAUAUUUCACUAAGGGGGUACAGAGUAUUGGGUUAAAAGCUAUUUGAAGUAAUUAAUUUUGAUCCUGCAGUAUUCUAAAUUUCAUAAACCAUGAAGUUACUUUUCAACAGUAAAUGCAGUGAAUCUUGGGGGCAAAGCAUGCUAUACAGGUGGGGAAGAUUUUUUAGCAGUCUGGGAGUUAGAAAUACUGGAAUCAAUUGAGAUAAUGUGAUAUGAUUCUGUCUACAUUUGAUGGUGUGUGGCUUCUACCAAGUUCUCUAGCUACCAGAGGAGCAAAUUAUACCACUUGUAAUGUGGAUGUAUAGCCUAUUUUCAGUAUAGAGUAGGAAAAAACAUCUGGACAUUGUUUUAGGAACAGAUUGUUUCACAACAUAGGCUGCAUUAUGCUGAUAUUCUAAAAGUUAUUAAUGUGUUUUGCUUCAUUUAAAAAAUGAACAUCGAAAGAAAGGCAGCACAGGUUCCAUGCAUCGAAAUUCUGUGGUCCCACUGUGUUUGAACUCACAAGCAGCCUUUGGUGGCAGCCUCCUUCCUUACCUCUUUUUCCUUUUGCUGCUAAGUAUGAAAAAGAAAAACAGUGGUUUGCAUUUGGUUAUUUUGCAAAAAAAAGCCAGGAGUCAGGUGGCCUUGGCUACCUGUUACCUGCUGCUUUUCAUUUUGGGGACUGUGGUGAGGAACAACAGAACUGUCUGUGUAUGGUAAUUCUGUGAUUACAUUCAAACGUGUCAACACUGGUUUAUCUCACUAAAAUGUGCCCCAAAGUCAAUAUGCGGAGCACUCAAGAAGGGCUUCCUGGAAAGAUUUUCACUUACCACUGAUGUUUGUUGGAGUUCAAAGUAUUUUAAUAAUUUUUCUUGUGAAUGUCCAGCCUUUUUACUAUUGCGAAGCUUUGAGUAGAAUAAUUGCUUCCAUCUCCUGGGUGCUUGGCCCUUUUACUAUUACUCCAGCCUCUUCAUUCAACUCCCAACAACAAACACAUGCCAAACUCUCAGGCACAUUUGCACUGUGGUGUCAUGAGACGAUCACGAGAUCAACAAUCAGGACACUAGGGCUCUGAGUUCUCUGAUUUUUGCGAUACGCGGGCCUCUCACUGUUGUGGCCUCUCCCGUUGCGGAGCACAGGCUCCGGACACGCAGGCUCAGCGGCCAUGGCUCACGGACCCAGCCGCCCCGCGGCACGUGGGAUCUUCCCAGACCGGGGCACGAACCCGUGUCCCCUGCAUCGGCAGGCGGACUCCCAACCACUGCGCCACCAGGGAAGCCCAGUUCUCUGAUUUUUUUAAACUAGCUGAAUGGCUUGGACAAAUCACCGUAUUUCUCUAUGGAGGUAUCCUAUUUGUGUAAUGACGCCACAACUUAGCAACUGUUUUAUUCUAUAUAUAAUGUGACUAUAAAGCGAAUUUGCUUUAUUUCAGUACUUGGGUCAGACAUCAACAGAAAAUUCAGAAUAGAAUUUUUCAAACUUUACCAGUAAAUCUGAGCCCUGGGUGAUUCUGAGAAAACAAAAUAGCCAACGAUAAGAACAUUUAAUAUUAAGAUGUAGAUUUAAGAAAGAGAACAACAGGUAUUUUAAAGCAAAUUUCCACUGUUUUAUCUUGUUUAACAUAUCUAGAUAUUUUUGGUAGUCAGGAAUAUUUCAGUCCACGUCUAAACUCUGGGUAGUUCAGUGGUGGAUUAGCGCCCCUUUCCUGAAGGGAGCAUGUACAUAUUACCUCUCAAUGAAUUCUGUUACGAUGUCCAGUUUGAUAAAAAUCAAUCUGCUUAAAAGCCCAUCCCACUUGCUCUGUUCCUAUAAAGUUCCACCAAAAGAAGUUUGUAUAAUGCAGGACUUUGUACGUACCGGUUCACUGUGCUGGUUUACUUCCUAGUUGUUUCUUUAAAGAUAUGAUUUCCUUGGUAUAG